AUGUUUGAAUAUAAAUUUGAUUAUUCAUUUAAGGAGAAUGAUUUUAGAGAUAUAAUAAAUAAAUUUAUUAAGAAUCAUCCGUUUUCAUUUUCACGAAAACUUGAUGCAACUAAAUUAGUCGAAAUCAAUAAUGAGGAGGAGGAUAAUGUUAGGUUAAGCGAGAUCAUUGAAGUAAUUAAUGAUUCUGAUAAUCAAGUUAUUUAUUUAUAUUUAAUAAAAUGUUCGACCUAUGAUUGGAAAAUUUUAAAUGAUUUGUGUAAUUUAGAUUUUGGGAGAACCACGACUCUUUAUGGAAAUAAGAUCGCUGAUGAGAGAGCAUUUAUAAUGAAGGAUUGUGAAAUGAUUAAAAUUGGUGCUGUAGGAUGUGAUCAUCGAACAAUUGUAAUUCAAUCAGUUGAAGAACGGGUUAUGAUAGAAAAUUUAUUUUUUAGUAGCGAUAAUUAUGUACAUGAUUUUAUAAAUUUGAGAACAUUUGGUGAAAAGUUAAAAAAUGAAGAAGCGAAAUUCGAACAAAAUCGUUCCUAUCGUUUUACGGAAUUUGGUAAGGUAUCCUUAGAAUUUUGUAAUCAUUUAGAGCCAACUCCAGAGUUCAUUAAAGCGGUGGAAGAUGCUUUAAAAUCUAAAGAACCUAUGAAACUUAAACAAAUUAUUGAGAGAUUUGGUCAAUUCGUUCCAACUAAAGUCAUUUUGGGUGGAAGAGCUUAUUAUGAAGAGUUAAAUAAUUUGAAGGAAUAUUCCAAAGGAAAUGAUUAUAAAGGUGGUGUAUCCUCCAAAAUCAAAUCAGGAAUCGUUUCUUGUCGAUCUAAAUGUUCAAAAUUGAUUGGAGGAAAACAACCCGUUAACCUUGAAGACUUUGAUGAAAAGACUUGGAUUAAAUCUUUAAAAGAUUUUAGAAAUUGGGAUUGCAUAGAAUUUCAAAACCCGAUUGGAAUUUUCCAACUUUUACCUGAUAAUUUACGUAAAAAAAUAAUUUCAUUUUUAGGGAAAAGAAUUCUUUAUUCAAUCAUAGAAGACCGCGAUUAUCAGCUAGAAGAAAUUGGAUAUCCCAAAGUCAUUGAAUUAAAUAUUCCAAAAUUUAUUUCAGAAAUUAUUCAAGACGAGGAAACUGAUUGUAACAUCUUUGCAACAGUUGUUGACAUUGGUUGUGAUUUUUAUAAUUCAAAUGAUGAUUUUUUUAACUGUCAGGUCCUUCAUUUGCCUGGUGCCGAUCCAAGACUUUUAAUUCAUUGUAUUCAAAAAGAAGUUAGAAAGCGUAAAUGCAAAGUAAAAAUCGGAUGGAUGGUUAUCGGUUAUUAUAAAGAUUUAAAUUUCAUCCUUAACGAUUUUGAUGUUCAAUUGAAAACCAUUGAAACAGAUUGUAAUUUCAACGCAAAAUCCAUUUAUUUUAAGGAAUAUUUACAUGAUUCAUUAAACAAAAAAAUUCCUUGUAUUGGAAUUCCUGUUAUAGACAGAUUGGAUUCUUCGAAUAAAUCUCUCGCCAUUGGACAUCAUUUUUUCGAUGAUCAGGAAGAAGAUAGAAUUGGAACGUUCACAUUUUCUUACUGCUUGGAGAAGAAACAAUUCGUUUAUUUACCUAAAUUCAACUUUUAUACACUUGCAAUUUUAAAUCAUCACCCGAAUACUUAUGGUAUAUUACAUUUUGAACAAAAACCAUAUAUCGAACUUGAUAAUUCUUUAAAACCAAAGUAUAUUAGUUUAUUUUCCACAAGCGAAUAUAAUUGUGGUCCAAUUUUUCUUCAACAUAAAUGUAAUCGAAUUGAAAUGAAAGACGUUGAUUGUAUUUCACAAGAACAAAUUGAAUGUAAUUUUUUUGAUCCUUACGAUAGCCAAAAUCCCAACAUAUUAGGGUAUGGAUUAGGGUUAGAUUUAUGCUUAUCGGGUUUUCGUGAUUGUCGGGAUUCUGGUCAUGUCGGUGAUAUGAACUUUCAGGCAUUCGUUAGUGCGGGAUUGGGAUUAUGCUGUCGGGAUUCUAGACCGACAGGAUUAUGGUUGACAGGAUUUCGUGAUAAACCCGAAAAUAACGUUAUCCUCAUAAUACCUCGUUGGCCGAUUUGGUUUGUUGAUUUGGCCGUGGCCAAAUGGCCAAAAAACCUUUUGGUCACGGCCAAAUGCCAACAAUGA